AGUAACGCUAGCUCGGCUGUUGACAACUUGUCUAGUAUUCUUAAAUACGUGUAAUACGUUUGUGUCUUGACGGGUUAUAACUUAUUAUAGCGUCACGUCUUAAUGUGUACAACAAAACAAAGCGAUUUCUGUUCGUUGUUGCUUCACUAGUGUUGGCUCAUUCACGUUAGUUUAAGUUAGCGAUCCAGGCGUAAAAACCUUGCGUUACGUUAACGUUGCAUUCGCUUUCAACCAGCGAACUCCGUUAUGAAGCCGGUCAGAGGUUCUAACCGGGCCGCGUCAAAAACACCGAACCUGAAUCACCGGAACAAAACGGACCAGACAACGGAGCAACACGCGUCACUGUUUCCGGGCCCGCAGCCCAGUGCAAAGAACCCAAAACCAGCACGGAAGAGGAAAGCUGAAGGCUCGUCUUCAGUCCCCAAAAAAGUCAAAGAUGUGGAGAAGUGGAAGCUGAUGCCAGGAUCCUCCAUCAACGCUCUGGAGAACAUAAUGGACUUGUCAAUCCUAGCAACUCUUGCUUUGAGGCGGAAAGAGAAAAAAGAGAGCCAGGAACAUCUGAACGUAAUGAAAACCAGGUUUCUUGCCCAAUGUGCAGAGCUCAAAGUUCCGGUGAAAAAACGUAACGAUUUAGAGCCGUCAUCUCAACGCCACCGGGAGGAGGCCAAGAAGUCAGUGGUUGGAAAGACAACUCUGAGCACUCUGCAGGAAGACUUGAGGGCGGUGGUCUCUUCUCUGGAGAAGACCGAGAAGCAGAGCGUCUCUUUACAGCACACGUGCAAGAGGCUGAGGAACGAGGUGGAGGAGGAGGAGGAGAAAGCUAAAGAGAUUUUACAGAUGGCAGAACAAGCAGAUCUCCAUCUUCCCCCUCUGCCUCCACAAAAAGAUGAAGAGACAUAAGAGGCUCGAUUGAGAAAAAUCAUACCAGACAGUGAGUCUGAGACCACUGCCCAGAAACUGGGAGAAAUCCUGCAGAAACCGGAGGCGGUUCAGGAAGCCCAGGCGCUGCUGCUCCUCCAGGCACACAAACACGCCGAUCAGCUGUUCAACGCCGGCCUCACAAACAUCAGCGCUGCACCUUGUUCGGACAGGAACCUCACCAAGUCUCUGCUCACACAGGUCUGAACUUAUUUCUAAAGGACUUUGACGGCUGGACUUUUGAAGUGUGCACGUGUGCACACAUUGUUUGGAGUUUUAGUGUAAGGGGAAAUAUUAUUUUGUCUUUUUGUGGUUGUGUAACAUCAAAAAUCAAAGCCACCAAUCGAAGAAAUACAAAAGUUUAAGACUUAAAAAAUAAAGAGAUGGCAGACAUGCUGUAAUGUUAAAACAUUUUUGUGCUCGUACUCAUCUAAUUCUACCUGUAAUCACCCUUUGUUAGAAAUUCAACUCUUUUUUGUGUCCAUGCAAACUUCCUGUCAGCUGAUGUCAUUCACAGACUCGGCUCCAAUGUUCGAACUGUGCAGUGUGCAUGUGACAUUAAAUUCAUGACAUUAGGAAAAUCAUUUUUUUACAUUGUGGGACUUUUAAGUGUGGCAUUUUUUUUAGCAAAAUAAAAAUAUCAUAUGAGCAAAUACAACUUUUUCUACUUAAAACUGGAAACUAGAAUUCACACAUUCUUAUUGCCAUUUUGUCUCGAUUGAAAAGCUGACAGUGGAAACAAAAGGAGGGAGGGAGGCUACGAUAUGAAAUGCAGACAUACAUGUGGUUAUGGGGUGUUGGCCAUAAUUUAAUUUCUUCUUUUCUGUUGACAAGUAAAAACUGACUGUAUGAUCAGACGUAAUCAAACAGAUGGCAUUUACAGACGUUGACUUUUGUUUAUUUAUGUUUUAAUGUAAAAAAUAAAUACAUGUAUAGUGCUUUCAUCAAUUACAGUUUUAUUAAUUGUGUGUUACAGAACCAGUGUGACUUUACAUACAACAAACCAUGAUAAAGCUAUCUAUGCAUUCAUUAUAAUCCAGUUGGACAUUGUAGAUGCGGUACAAUCACAAUGAGAUAAUGGUCCUGCGACAUGUCUACUUCUCUCAUCUUGAGCAUGAGUUCAGCAGAUUGAUGGAGUCACAGUUGAUAACAACUCCUUAUCACGUUCCUUGGAUUGGGUAAAGAAAGUACAUGUGAGCUUAACGGUGCGUCACCUUGGAGGAGUGCAUGUAAAAAAAGAUUACCCUGCAGCCAGGAGACCGACAUUGGCCAACAAGUCGGUAUUCACUUUGGGCUUGUUGUUUACCAUGAGACCAGCGCUGGAUAUACACACAGGCAAAGGGCAAAACUGCCCCAGAGAAAUAUUAUUUUGCCCCUGAUAUCACUAGGAGAGAUAAUUUAAUAGCAUUUUGUUUUUAUUCUUCGUUUUGUGUGUCCUAUCUGUAUUGUCUGUACUAGGUAGGUACACACACAAAAUCUAUAAAUAUCAUUUUGAAUUAUAAAAAAACUAAGAAAUAAGUUAUAAUUGUUAAUAGUUGUUUAAAAAAAUGUAAUAACAAUAAAUAACCACAAAGGAAUAAUAAAAUUGAAGAUGGUUGUCUGA